AUGAAUACAAAAAAAUCAAAGUGGGGAGUUAAAAUUACAGAAGAAGAGGAGCCAAAACCCCAAAAUCCAGUAAAUAAAUCACUAAUAUGCAUGAGAUGUGGUAUGAUUGGUCACGCAACUAUAGAUUGUCACCAAAUUUUACCUUCAGUUGAAGAUUUAAGAGCAGAAAUGAAUUUAAGAAUGCAAAAUGCAGUUAAAAAUGCACCAAAAGAAUGGAAAGAAGAUGAAUUUGGACUUUAUUUACCUGCCGAGCCCCGAAUUGUAGAAAUUAAAGAAACAUGGAAGGAUGGAAAAUUCUGUUUUAACUGUGCUGCAUUCGGUCAUGAUGUUGAUAAUUGUCCAAAUCCACCAUUUAAAACAGUUUAUGACUUAUUUCAACCUUAUCUUAAAGAUACGUCACCUAAAGGUGUUUCAGAAAAGCAAAAGAUUAUCGAUGCGAUACAUAAAUUUAAUAAAAAUACCCAAUCUGAAAAUAUGAAUUUAUCAGAGUAG